AUGGUGUUAUAUCCCAAACUGCAGAGCAAAAUACACGAAGAAUUGGACGAAGUCGUGGGACGUGAUCGUCUACCAAACAGGAAAGACGCGGAAAACUUGCCAUACCUUCAAGCUACCUUAUGUGAAGUCGGAAGGAUAUCACGUGUGGCGAGGCUCGUCGGAACAAACGCAAUUCGUGACACAACUAUCGCUGGUUACCACAUUCCUAAGGGAACAUUGGUGUGCCUAAAUAUUUCCCGUAUGCUUAUGGACGAACGAGAAUGGCCAGAACCGCAGAAGUUUGAACCUGAAAGAUUUCUGGAUGGCGAUGGCAAGUUCGUCGGCUGGAAUAAACUCCAUGGGUUCCUACCGUUUGGCAUUGGUCGUAGAGAAUGCCCUGGUCAAUCACUGGCGAGGAUAAUGUUGUUUUCUUUUGCUUCAUUAUUAUUACAUCAUUACAAAUUUGAGUUGCCUGAAGGAGCAGAGACACCAAGUACUGAAGUAUCUACCCCGCAACUCGGUCUUUCCUCAACCAGAUGA